AAAAAAUAUCCAUAGGUUUAGGAGGUUGGGAAUCCACUUGACAGGUCCAGUCGGAGGCGAUCCUAGGUGGCUGCCGUGACAAAGGGAGGGCGGGGGGGUGGAGGGAAAAGAAAAGGAACAACCACAAUAACAACAACAACCCCAAAACCAAACCAGGACCGAACCGGUGCGGUUUUUCCAGCAUGCUCACUGACCCCGAUUUACCCCCGGAGUUUGAAAGGAUGUCUUCCAAACGACCAGCCUCUCCAUAUGGGGAAGCAGAUGGAGAGGUAGCCAUGGUGACAGGCCGACAGAAAGGGGAAGAAGAGGAGAGCGAGGGGCUCCAAGCCUUUCACCUUCCUUUGCAUGUGACUUUCCCCAACAAGUCUCAUUCCGAGGAAUUUCAGCCCAUUUCCCUGCUGACGCAAGAGACUUGCGGCCAUAGGACGCCCACCUCCCAACAAAACACAUUGGAAGUCGAUGGCAAUAAAGUGAUGUCUUCGUUCGCCCCACACAACUCAUCUACCUCGCCGUCUAAAGCAGAAGAAGGUGGGCGUCAAAGUGGAGAAUCCUUGUCCAGCACAGCUCUGGGAACCCCUGAAAGGCGCAAAGGCAGCCUCGCAGAUGUGGUGGACACCCUGAAGCAGAGGAAGAUGGAGGAGCUGAUCAAAAAUGAACCAGAAGAAACCCCUAGUAUUGAAAAGCUACUAUCAAAAGAUUGGAAAGACAAGCUCCUGGCCAUGGGAUCAGGGAACUUUGGAGAAAUAAAAGGGACUCCAGAAAGCCUGGCGGAGAAAGAACGGCAGCUCAUGGGCAUGAUCAAUCAGCUGACCAGUUUGCGGGAGCAGCUGCUGGCCGCUCACGACGAGCAGAAGAAGUUGGCUGCCUCCCAGAUCGAGAAGCAGCGCCAGCAAAUGGAGCUGGCCAAGCAGCAGCAAGAACAGAUUGCAAGACAGCAGCAGCAACUCCUGCAACAGCAACACAAGAUUAACCUUCUUCAGCAACAGAUCCAGCAGGUCCAAGGUCAGCUGCCGCCAUUAAUGAUUCCAGUGUUCCCUCCAGACCAGCGGACUCUCGCCGCAGCUGCCCAGCAAGGAUUCCUCCUCCCUCCGGGUUUCAGCUACAAAGCAGGCUGCAGUGACCCUUACCCCGUUCAGCUGAUCCCGACAACCAUGGCAGCUGCUGCCGCGGCAACCCCCGGCUUAGGCCCGCUCCAACUGCAGCAGUUGUAUGCUGCCCAGCUUGCCGCAAUGCAGGUAUCCCCAGGAGGAAAGAUGCCCGGCAUCCCCCAAAGCAACCUCGGUGCAGCGGUCUCGCCAACCAGCAUCCACACAGACAAGAGCACAAACAGCCCUCCGCCCAAAAGCAAGGACGACGCGGCCCAGCCGCUGAACCUGUCGGCGAAAACCAAGAUGUCGGAAAGCAAGUCGCCCACGUCGCCCACGUCUCCUCACAUGCCGGCGCUGCGAAUAAACAGCGGGAGCAGCUCCCUGAAAUCUUCGGUGCCAGCAACGUUAGCCAGCCCUUCGGCCCGAGUUAACACAAUAGAUAUCCUUUCCUCUAUCACGUCGUCAGGUUACUUAAAUGACCACGAUGCUGUUACCAAGGCGAUCCAGGAAGCCCGGCAGAUGAAGGAGCAGCUACGGAGAGAGCAACAGGUGCUUGAUGGAAAGGUGGCCGUCGCAAACAACCUGGGCCUGAACAACUGCAGGACAGACAAGGACAAAACGACACUGGAGAACUUGACUCAGCAAUUGGCGGUGAAACAGAACGAGGACGGGAAGUUUAGCCACGCUAUGAUGGAUUUCAACAUGAGCGGAGACUCUGACGGAAGUGCUGGGGUCUCAGAAUCCCGAAUUUACCGGGAAUCCAGAGGACGUGGGAGCAACGAGCCGCACAUCAAGCGCCCAAUGAAUGCCUUUAUGGUGUGGGCUAAAGACGAACGACGGAAGAUCCUACAGGCCUUCCCUGACAUGCACAACUCCAACAUCAGCAAAAUACUGGGAUCUCGCUGGAAAGCGAUGACGAACCUCGAGAAGCAGCCGUACUACGAGGAGCAGGCCCGGCUCAGCAAGCAGCACUUGGAGAAAUACCCAGACUACAAGUACAAGCCCAGGCCGAAGCGCACCUGCUUAGUGGACGGGAAGAAGCUGCGGAUCGGGGAAUACAAGGCAAUCAUGCGCAACAGGCGCCAGGAAAUGAGGCAGUACUUCAAUGUCGGACAGCAAGCACAGAUCCCUAUAGCGACAGCUGGCGUCGUUUACCCGGGAGCCAUCGCCAUGGCAGGGAUGCCUUCGCCGCACCUGCCCUCGGAACACUCGAGCGUGUCGAGCAGCCCGGAGCCGGGGAUGCCCGUCAUCCAGAGCACUUACGGCAUCAAAAGUGAGGAGCACUCCCACAUCAAAGAGGAGAUGCAGACCGAUGACGUCAACGGCGGGAUGUACGACGAGUACGACGAAGAAGAGGACGACCCCGACGUGGACUAUGGCAGUGACAGUGAAAACCACAUUACAGGACAAGCCAACUGAUCAGGGGUCUGGAUUCUCAGAGCUGACCUUGCAGGACUUCAUUGGAAAGCCCCAUCUGGUUUCUCGUCCGGUGGCCAAGCACACGAACUUCAAUCCUUGUACACUGACUGUUACUUAAAACUUUUAGUCUUAACUAGUUUGGGGACAACAGCUGAUGAACAGACAUUGGCCCACGUGGAAAACUUUUUAAAAGCAAACCGAAUUUUUGUUUUGUUUUUGUUUUUUUUAAAAAAAGAAGAGAGACCACGGCUCAGAGUAAAAAAAACCGUGAUAAGAAAAGACGACCCGUGACAAAAACGCGAGGACGAAAUAAGCUAUGGGUAACAUAAUGCCAGUAAUUCAGCUGCUAUACCCGAGCGCUGAAGUUUUACCCAUUCAACCUUUUAUUACUAUUUUUUUUUCAAAUAAACUUUAUGGCUGUUUGUUCUACAAUGUUCUAGAAAAAUUCUCACUCAGGUACACAGUGCCAACAAGUGGCUUGUGAAUGUGUUCUGUUGUUUUGUGCUACAGUUUAAAGGAAAAAAAAUAAGAUUUUUUUGGGGGGGGUGGGGGUGGGAAGGGGGCGAUGCACCUGACAGGGAAAAACAGAAGCGACGAGAAAAGUUCGUUAGGUUUCCCCCUCCAGUCUUUCCCCGUUCUUUUUUCUUCUUCUUUCCCAAGUUAGGAUUCAAGGCCCAUGUGCAUCCGAGUGGAAUCAGUUGAGGCCCACGUGGCGUCUUCAUUCGCUGCCCAUCCUGCUCCGUGCCAAGGAAAAGAUACGAGUCCGUGAGAGCUGUGACUCGUACACAGAGCCACAUGACAGUCUAUGCUGGUGCAAUCCAAUGAUUCUGCGGACCACAAUAAACCUCUGCCCAAUAUUGUGGUAUCACGGCCCACGCGUUGUGUACAUAGGACACGUUACCCGUAGCAAAGAGCAAGAAUCGUAGCGUGGACUGCCACAUGGGCCUCAGCGGAACGUAACGUUUGGUUCCCUUUCCUUGACACCUCACCCCCAACAAUCAGUUCCUUCUUUCUUAAAUGGGACCUCUUUUCACCGAUUGCACACCAGAUGUAGUCUUUGAGCAAGUGCCAAAUUUGUACUAAUGUGCUGAACUACUUCCAUUUCGUGUGCGUGCGUAUCCCAGUCGGUUGUCUUUUUCUUCCUUUGUUUCAUCUUCAGUCUUACGUUAGGGCAGUGACGUUAUCUUAGACAAUCCCUGGAGAACCCGACGACCAGCAGCUGGUGAGAUUUAUUAUUAUUAUUUCUUAACUGUAAAGGAAAUUGUAGGUGCUGUUCUCAGGUGACAAAGACAGAGAGAGAGAAGAAAUUUAGUGAAAAGAAAUAUUUUAUGACCUUGGAUUUGUGUGUGUGUGUGUGUGUGUAUGCACAUGGGUGUGUGUUUAUGGUACUAACAAGAAUUAAACAUCAGACAAUUGGAAAGGAAAAAGUAUACGGUCAGAUACGAAUCACAUAUUCCUUAAGUCACUGAGUCUGUCUGGUAUCCUUAAUUUACUCUUCAAGCAGUUAUCUGUUGACGUGAAUUUUCUAGUUCUUGCAUUUUACAUGCAGCAAGAAGGAACAUAAAGUAUUAACCUCCUGCUGAGAGUAGAGGAACGAGGGUUGGCCGGUGCCUUGUGGCAUUUUUUAGGCGUAGAAGAAUAGAUCCUGACUUAAAAAAAAAAAGUGUUUGUAGCUUGUAUCGUAAGGAAAGCUCUCAGAACACCCAGUCUAAAUAGCCGCUGCCCAAAUAAGUCAAACAACAUUUCGAUUCGACUCAGACAUACAGGUCCUAGUAAAAUCUGGUUGGAGGUGAACGAGCUUGGAUCUCAGACAUGUGCCUACUCAGGCCCACAGACACGAUACCUUGUGUACCAGGCCCAUAUCUCAUGUGACCAGAGAUAUGGGCGAUUCGCUCACGAUUCGCUUAUUCCCCCUUGAUUCACUCACAAUCCGCUCAGGAUCUUCAUCUUCCAAUAGAAGGAUAGCACCGAUUGGGCAAGAUGAGAGAGUUUCACCCAAAAUGUCAUUCAUUCUGGUCCUCAGGAUGUAUACUCCUAAGACCCAAUCCUGUCCGUCCGUCUGUCCCCUGCCCCCACGUGAAGCAUGCUACUUUGGGCCUUUACAUCUGAACGGAGCCUUUGAUUUGAGUGUUCUAAAUUGGUAUGCCGGCCCAACGUUGCGAAAUGAAGUGUGGGCCUACUAUCAUCCCUGAGAAAUCCAUUUCUCCUUCCAAAACUACCAGGUCCUUGGUUAUUCAAAAUCCAUUUUUUGUUAAAAGGAGCAGCAGUGGCAUAGGCAGUUAAGAGCUGAUGUAUCUAAUCUGGAGGAACCGGGUUUGAUUCCCAGCUCUGC